AAACGCGCUCGAGAACUCUCAUAGCAGUGAAGUGAAGUCAAAUCCCUAAAUUCACACACCGGAAUAUGUUCUCUGCAAGUCGGAGAAGAAGCUGAAGACAUCGGGAGGUUGCUCAACGGUGAUUUUUUCUCGAUAAUUCCGCCAAUGUCGUCACCUGAGCGGAAGAGGAAGAGGGUGAUGUCGACGAAGAAGCCAUCGCUUAGGAAAAAAAAUCUUUCACCGGUGCUACCGCCGACGCCGAUUCCGUCACUUCCUGAUGAUUUGUUUGUAAGUAUCUUCGCACGCGUCACUCGAGCUCUCCUCUGUUCACCGGAGCUUUACGAGACUCGGUCACUCUUAGGCCGAACCGAGAGUUGUCUCUAUUUGUGUUUACAGGAAGGAAAUCCUGACCCUAACCCUCUCUGGUUCACUCUCUGCCUGAAACCUGAAAGAAACCUAAAAAAUGGCACCAAGAAGAAGAGAAAGAAGUCAAGUGGCAAUCUUUUGAUCCCAAUCCCAGUUCCAAAUCCUCCUCUUGCGCACUGGUCAGGUCACGCGUCUGUUGGUUCCGAUAUCUAUUACUUUGGCGGAUACAUGGAGGAGAAUGUGCCUUCAUCUAGAGUCGUGAUCCUAGACUGCCGGUCUCACACGUUGCUUGAGGCUCCAAGCAUGCAGAUGGCAAGGUUGGAUCCUUCUGCUAGUGUCAUUGAUGGAAAGAUUUAUGUAGCUGGAGGUGUCGACGAUGAUGAUUCAGAUUCCUUGUACCCGAUAGAGGUGUUCGACAUAAAGACCCAAAUUUGGGAUCAGAUGCGUAUCCCUUACUGGGAGAAAGACUGGGGUGGUCUAUCAAGAAGCGCAUAUAUUGAUGGAAAGUUCCACUUGAUGAUUGGGUGGAAGGUUAUGGCUUAUGAUCCAAAGGAAAGUAGAUGGGACUUUGUCGGAUAUCAGAUGGGUCCGAGAUGGUCAUGGUCUUGUAAUUGCGUUAUCGAGAAUGUUUUGUACUGUUAUAUUGGAGCUUUCCGAUGGUAUGACACUAAGCUGAGAUUGUGGAAAGAUAUGAAGGGUUUGAAAGGACUACCUAAGUUGUCCCGUAAUGUCUAUGUUAAGAUGGCAGAUUAUGGUGGAAAGAUGGCGAUUUUUUGGGACAAUCGUGUCCCUUCUGCUUCCAAUAAGAACAAAACAAUUCGGUGCGCGGUGAUUGCCCUUGAAAGGCCCAACAGUGAAGAGAUUUGGGGGACAGUCGAGUGGCAUGAGGCAGUGCUUACAGUUCCUGUGUCAUAUGAAUUUGAACAUGCUCUAGCUGUUACCGUUUGAUGAAUGACAUACGAGACAGGCUUGAAUGUGGUGAAUCUUUAAUGGUCUGUGGGUAUUGGAUCAUUUUUGUUGUAUGAUUGUGUCUUGUGUAAAGCUCUUAUGCUGUUGACAUUGUUUGACUUGUAAACCUUUGAUGCUUAGCUUUCUUUCUGCUGCUACAGACCUAUGAAACACUGUUUUGGUUGAAAGAAAGUUUAAUGAUGCAGUAUUUGUCUCAUAGCCUUGUACGUUAUGGAAACAUCUAAUGAUUCAGUAACAGUACUAUACAUCAUUUUGUUUUGAAUGUGUGUUCUCACUUGUAGAUAUUGUGUGACUGCUACUGAUAAUAGCUUGUAUGGCUCCCAUCUGGCUUAUGUCUUAGAGCCAGUUUUUGUGUAGCUAACGUUUGUGCUCUCUUUCAUUUUAA